UUACACAAGGAAGCGUUGUCAGACAACGUUUUGUAAGCGUGAAACUAGUUAGCUUGAUUAAGUAGCUAACGGUUUUGUCGUCGUUCUUUCUUUCUUUCGACCCAACAAAAAUAAAAUGAGUCUCUUGAACAAGCCCAAGUCAGAGAUGACUCCAGAGGAGCUUCAGAAACGGGAAGAGGAAGAGUUCAACACUGGACCCCUCUCUGUGCUAACCCAAUCAGUUAAAAACAACACGCAGGUCCUUAUCAACUGCCGCAAUAAUAAGAAACUAUUGGGCCGAGUAAAGGCCUUCGACAGGCAUUGUAACAUGGUGCUGGAGAAUGUGAAGGAGAUGUGGACCGAGGUACCCAAGAGUGGCAAAGGCAAGAAGAAGUCCAAACCAGUCAAUAAAGAUCGCUACAUAUCCAAGAUGUUUUUGAGAGGCGAUUCAGUCAUUGUUGUACUGAGGAAUCCCCUUAUAACUGGCAAAUAGAUGUUUUGGUUUUUUUCACAUUUUUUGUGAUGGUAGAUUGUUUUCUUUUUUUGGGUGGGGGACAGGCUUUGACCGAAUUGCUUUCUAAAUAAAUUUUUGUAUUUACUCUUGUCCGCCAUUACUGUGAUGCUUGCAUAUGUUUAUUUGUUGAAAAAUUCUAACCAUAAGUUAACAAAGUUUGUUUUAGAUUGUUGCAUAUUGCUAGCAAAAGCCUUUUCCAAAGUAACAAGACCUCAGAUGGGCCCAAUCCCUAUGCCAUCACUACCCUUUUAUAAUACUUUUUUCAGUAUGGUGUUUUCUUUAGCUUUUGUUCCGUUCUUAAUACUCAGAUUUACACUGACAGCCCAUGUAUCCAACCACAUAUUUUAUAAUGGUAAUUGGGUAACUACAUAGCUUGUAGUCUGAUUAAUCAAGUGGGUUGCUAGCAAGCAAAUAACCUCUAGUUAAUAGAGCAACCCAAAUUUACUGUGAGUUUAUCUUUAUUCCUAAAGAGUUGAUCCUUGUUUAAUUUGGGCCCAAAAAAAAAAAAAAAAACAUUGGUGUAAAAGGGGAUUUUUUUUUGAUGCCUCCCCUCUUUGAGUUUCUCUGGUUUGCUAGUGUCCCCUGGCUGCAGCUUGAGUGUCGGUGUAGGUUUCAGCAUGCAGGACUCAGUAAGUGACAAACUGCCAUUUAAAGGGUUUUGCAUUAUUAAUAUGACCAGAUGUGCUGACUGUCACUUCACACCCCUAUCUGCAAUUGUAAGUCUUUUCUUCUUCUUUUUUAUGAUCAUUGCUAGCUCUUUCAUACAGUCUGACACUGUCUUAAACUAUACAUUUAGUUCAAAAAACUAAAACCAACUUGUAAGCCAUAAAUUAUAUACUUUGAAGAAAAUGGAACAAACAUCUUUGCUCAUGUCCUUCACUGGCCAUUUACUACAUAUUUAUGUGCAACUUUUGAGUUUUGCAAGUGCUGUCUUCAAGAGGUUACUGUGAUGUUCUGUGUGCAGAAAAGACUAAUUUUGAUGGAUAUCUUAAACCACUGAAGCAGACAUAUUAACUUUCUUUAACUUGGCCAAAUCAGGAAACAUCAAAGACAUUAUUUGAUACCAGUGAAAUACCUAUAUUGCUUGCCAUUUGUGCAAUGAUCACCCAUAACGGUUCAGUUCAUCUUUUAUUUUGCCACUUGUAAGUAUUAAAAGUAUGGAAUUAAAAAAUAUGGAGUUUGUUCAGAAACAUAAAAACAUUAACCUACACAAUCUGUACAUACAACUGUCCAGAGCUUACCCAACCAGAACAAUGUAAAUUCCUAUACCAGAUUAAUACAUAUGUUAAAAUUAUUUCUAUGGUACAACAAUAAACAUUCCUCAGGGUUUCUUUGCUCA